AUGGAGAGCUUCGAACAUUCCCCUUCCGAGUCUAUCAAAUCCCCAGAUGCUACAAAUGAAGCGGAAGAAUGGAUCACAAAUGGCUUAUGUGCGCAAGUUCCCACUCCGAGUACGACUAAUGGCACAACUAGGCAGUUUCAGAGUCAGUGGCAAAAACCACAUAUGGGAUGGAUUAAGUGUAAUUACGAUGGCAGCUUUGUGAAUCGAGUUCGUGGCUCUACGGCAGCUUGGAUAAUUAGAGAUGAUAACGGCGUGUUCAAAGGGGCUGCUCAAGCGACAGGCGACUGCAAGCUCCUAGUCAAUGUUCUGAAUGGAAGAGGCUCAAGAUUUGAUGCUAUCAAUUGGAUCCAUGAAAUCAAAGUUUGGAGAAAUAAGUUUGACGCAAUCAAGUUCACGUGGUCACACAGAUCAACAAAUCAACCUGCUGAUAUUUUAGCGAAAAACCAGAAACAUGCUCUGUCUUCAUACAUAGUUCAUAGCUUUAUCCCAUUGUGUAUCUCAAAUGCUCUGUUUUCAGACUACGUUUCCUAA